UCGGCGCAGCCACUGCUGUGUCAGUACAGUGUGGAAUGGAAGUCCUAUUUGGUAGUCUGUUAUGGAAACGCUGUUUACUGUUACUGUAGUACCUUGGUGACAACAUGCCAUUGAAAUGGAAAACGAGCUCUCCUGCUAUCUGGAAAUUCCCAGUUCCUGUGCUUAAAACAUCCAGGUCAACGCCACUUUCUCCAGCAUACAUAUCUCUGGUGGAAGAGGAAGACCAACACAUGAAAUUGUCCCUUGGAAGCAGUGAAAUGGGUCUCUCAUCCCAUUUGCAGUCUUCCAAGGCAGGAACCACACACAUCUUUACCAGCAAUACCCACAGUUCUGUGGUGUUACAGGGCUUUGACCAGCUUCGACUUGAAGGAUUGCUUUGUGAUGUGACCCUGAUGCCAGGUGACACAGAUGAUGCCUUCCCUGUGCAUAGAGUCAUGAUGGCAUCUGCUAGUGAUUACUUCAAAGCUAUGUUCACAGGUGGAAUGAAAGAACAAGAUUUAAUGUGCAUUAAGCUACAUGGCGUGAGCAAAGUUGGUCUAAAGAAAAUUAUUGAUUUCAUUUAUACUGCAAAGCUUUCUCUUAAUAUGGACAACCUUCAAGACACACUGGAAGCUGCCAGCUUUCUACAGAUUCUUCCGGUUUUGGACUUCUGUAAAGUAUUUCUCAUAUCUGGGGUCACUUUAGACAAUUGUGUCGAAGUUGGACGGAUUGCCAACACCUACAAUCUGACAGAAGUGGAUAAAUACGUCAAUAAUUUUGUCCUGAAAAAUUUUCCUGCUUUGCUGAGCACCGGGGAGUUCUUGAAACUCCCUUUCGAUCGUCUUGCCUUUGUGCUUUCCAGUAAUAGCCUUAAGCACUGCACUGAACUUGAGCUCUUUAAGGCUACCUGUCGCUGGCUACGCCUGGAAGAGCCUCGAAUGGACUUUGCUGCAAAAUUAAUGAAGAACAUACGAUUUCCUCUGAUGACACCACAGGAGCUCAUUAAUUAUGUGCAAACCGUGGAUUUCAUGAGAACUGACAAUACUUGUGUGAAUCUGCUUUUGGAAGCCAGCAAUUACCAAAUGAUGCCAUAUAUGCAGCCAGUUAUGCAGUCAGACAGGACCGCCAUUCGGUCUGAUACCACUCAUUUGGUUACACUAGGAGGAGUGCUGAGGCAGCAGCUGGUUGUCAGCAAAGAAUUGCGCAUGUAUGAUGAAAAGGCCCAUGAGUGGAAAUCACUAGCCCCCAUGGAUGCUCCAAGGUACCAGCAUGGCAUUGCCGUCAUUGGAAAUUUUCUCUAUGUCGUCGGUGGACAGAGUAAUUAUGACACAAAAGGGAAAACGGCAGUCGAUACAGUGUUCAGAUUUGAUCCUCGUUACAAUAAAUGGAUGCAAGUUGCAUCUUUAAAUGAAAAGCGCACCUUUUUCCACCUAAGUGCCCUCAAAGGAUAUCUGUAUGCGGUCGGUGGGCGAAAUGCAGCUGGUGAACUGCCUACAGUAGAAUGUUACAAUCCAAGAACGAAUGAAUGGGCCUAUGUUGCCAAAAUGAGUGAACCCCACUAUGGCCAUGCUGGAACUGUGUAUGGAGGGGUAAUGUAUAUUUCAGGAGGAAUUACUCAUGACACUUUUCAAAAGGAGCUCAUGUGUUUUGACCCUGAUACUGACAAAUGGAUCCAGAAGGCACCGAUGACCACUGUCCGAGGUCUUCACUGCAUGUGUACAGUGGGUGAAAGGCUGUAUGUCAUUGGUGGCAAUCACUUCAGAGGGACAAGUGAUUAUGAUGAUGUCCUAAGCUGUGAAUACUAUUCACCUAUUCUUGACCAGUGGACCCCAAUUGCUGCCAUGUUAAGAGGGCAGAGUGAUGUUGGGGUCGCUGUCUUUGAAAAUAAAAUCUAUGUAGUUGGUGGAUAUUCCUGGAAUAAUCGUUGUAUGGUCGAGAUAGUGCAGAAAUAUGAUCCAGAUAAAGAUGAAUGGCAUAAGGUUUUUGAUCUCCCAGAGUCUCUUGGUGGCAUCCGAGCUUGCACACUCACAGUUUUUCCACCUGAAGAAACUACACCAUCACCUUCUAGGGAGUCCCCUCUUUCUGCACAUUAAAGUCCUCCCUAAACUAAGAUGCUGUAGUCCAAUCAUUGCAACUCGUCAUGAAUUCUCUUCUUUUUUGCCUCCCUUUAGUAGUAUAUGUUAGGAUUAGCCUCCAUUAAUUGAUACAGAUAUCAGGAAAAGAUGAAAUUGAUGUUAUUUGUGCUGUUUGGCUUAGAAUGUUUAUAAAGUGAUAACAAAUCCAUUCUGGAAAUGUAUCACAUAGAACCUAAUGUUAACAUAUGAAAAAAUGUUUAUUCAGUACUUUUUAAAAUGCUGUGUACUGAGUGUAAGAUAUUUGUCAUCUUACAUUAGGAAGCCCAAGAAAUCAAGUUGGAGGUGGAUUGUCAUAAAUGUACAACUUUGCUUACUAGGCUUUAAAAUAAAAAGUCUUCUUUUCAUCUUUGACAGUAAGAUGUCAAAGGGAGGCAGCCUUCUCCAACAGGAAACAAUACACAAGGUUGCCAACUCGCAUGAGCUACCUCCCUCAUUUCAUAAAGUAUUUUUGACAUAUCUGUCAACCCACUUGAUUGUGUGGGUGCAUUGAGAACAUAUAAGUUUCUUAGGUACGCAGGAGAAAUAAUAAAUUUAAUUCACCAAUAUUAAUUUAAAAAAACGGCAUGACCCCCUCUCCCUAUAAGCAAGGGUUUGGGGUUUUAAAAAUGUGUAUAAAUAUAUAUACACGCAUACAUAUAUCAAAUACAAAAUUAAGAAAUUGAUUGAUACUUCAAAUAAACGUGAAAAGUUUUUUAAAAUUCUUCCAAAAAGCAGCUUCCAUUAAAAUGGGAAUUCAGUAUGCACAUAUAAUUGUACUGAAUUUAGGUGGAUAAGGGCUAGAAAUUUUGAGCAACUAAAUUUUACCUUCAAAAUCUGUAUUCUACUCCUUCUCCUUUGCUGUUGAGGUAACUUAUAUAUUAUAUGUAUUCUGUAUACUCUCAGUUCCUAAGGUUAUUUAGCACAAAGUACAGCAGCUUCACCUGGAAAGCUGCUUUUGCUCAGUGAAUUCAACUUCUAUGUUUUAUCCUUUUUUGUUCAAU